UUAAAACUGAGAUGAGAUCCAUCUAAUUUAUAAUGGCAUGACUCCGCUCUCCGCCAUUUGGGAAUUUUCUCAUACAUCCGAGGAGCAACAAUACACUUCCCCAUCUCUCUUUCCAAACCCUAAUUUCGGAAUUCCCGCAGGCAUCCGAUACGACAAGACGCCGGCAGCGAUAUCUCCCUCGAAUUCCAAAGCGAAACACAACAAAGAUGGAAACCGACGACUGCUGCGAUCAACUCCCCCGGCGCAAGGACGGCCCCGUCCCGUCGGCGAGCAAGAUGUUUGCCAUUCUUUUUCUCGCCUCUGGUUUUCUCCUCGCUCGACGGAUGCGCGACAAGGGCUUUGUUUGUCUAUGCAUUAUAGUUAACCGCAUCCAUGACUA